AUGGCGAUGGCUCUUCUCCCAACCGUUCGUCUUCUUCCACUAACGUCCUGCAGAACAACAGCACCAACCUCGUCGCCAUUAUCCGUUCGCCGUCCACGGCCAAGAGCCCUUUCCCUCCCUGGCGUCCACUGCUGCGCCAGCCGGACCCCGCACCCCCUCGCCGCUGCUAGGGAUGCUGCUGCUUCCUGGGCCGGGAAGCUGGCCGGCGCUGUGCCAUGGAAAGCCGCGGUCUCCGGCGUGCUCGCCGUCGCCGUCUCCUUCACCUGCCUUCUUGGUUUGGCCAAUGCCAGAACUGGGGUAAACAAACCAGAAUUGCUUCCUAAAGAAUUUACUACCGUCAUCGAUGUUGCUGGUUUUCUCUCGUCAGGCCAGGAAAACCGUUUGCGCCAAGAGAUAGAAGACUUGGAGAAGGAUACAGGAUACAAACUGCGAGUUCUUGCACAAAAUUAUCCUGAUACACCUGGAUUGGCUAUCAAAGAUUUUUGGCAGGUUGAUGAGCGUACUAUUGUUUUUGUUGCUGAUCCAACCUUUGGUAACAUAAUAAAUUUCAACAUUGGUCCAUUAGUUGAUUUAGACAUCCCUCGGAGCUUUUGGAGUCAGGUUUCAGGGAAGUAUGGGAACAUGUUCUACUGGAAAGAAAAGGGAGAGGACGCCUCAAUUGAAGCUGCUGUGACAGCAAUAUCACGCUGUCUAAGAAACCCGACGGGGACAAAUAACUGUUCGGAGGUAUUAUAG